AUGGCACCGGACACUCUCGAUAUCGUCCUCCGCAACGAUACCGGCGCGGACCAGCUGUACGCUCACAUCACGGGCUCUGACGAGAACGGUGGCGUUGUCAUCAUCCGUGCCGACGGCAAGUCCGCCUAUCAUCCCCCCUCGCCUGCCGACAGACUCCAACCCCUCGGUGCCGACUGCUCCAUCCAGGUCGGUGCCAGUGGUAGUGCGCGCACCAUCUCCAUCCCCCGCCUGUCGGGCGCUCGCAUCUGGUUCUCCAAGCACGAACCCCUGGCCUUCUUCCUCAACCCGGGUCCUGCUCUCGUGGAGCCCUCGGCGACCAACCCUGCCGACGCCAACUACAACCUCGACUGGGGCUUCUGCGAGUUCACCUGGAACGCUCACGAGCUCUACGCCAACAUCUCCUUCGUCGACUUCGUCGGCCUGCCGGUCUCGCUGCAGCUCACGACGCGCGACGGGACGGUCAAGACGGUUCCGGGCAUGCCCCAAGAUUCCCUUGACCAGGUCUGCUCUAAGCUCGAGGCCCAGGCAAGCGCCGACGGCUGCGGCUGGGACAAGCUCGUCAUCCGUGGCCCCGACGGCGCCGCGCUGCGAGCCCUGAGUCCCAAUUCAGGGCGCGUCCUCGUCCCAGGCCUCUUGGAUGACUACUUCCAGCCCUACGUCGAUGCCGUCUGGGACAAGUACGCUGCCGAGGACCUCGUUGUCAAUACCCAGUUCCGCUGGGGAGACGCAAAGGGUCGCGUCAAGGAUGGCAAGCUGGUCUUUGACGGCCUCGGAUCCUUUUCCAAACCGUCGACCGCCGACAUUCUCACCUGCAGCACCGGACCCUUUGCCCCCGGCGAAAGUGCUUCUGAUGUCAUGCUCAAUAUUGGCGCCCGCAUCGCCGCCGCCUUCAACCGCUCAACUCUGCUCAUCAACACGAGACAGCCCGAGGGCGAGCGAGUGGAUUCGUACUACAAGCACCCGGUGACAAACCAUUACUCCCGCAUCUGCCAUGAAGUAAGCGUCGGGAGCCGAGGAUACGCCUUUCCGUACGAUGACGUCGGCGCCUCGACCGGCAUCGAUCAGUCAGGAUUUGUCAACGAUCCAAACCCCAGGGAGCUGAUCGUUGCUGUUGGUCGGCCAUUGUCGAGCGGUUUGUGA